AUGGACCAUAUUCUCGAUAUUCUCAAUUUAAUAUUUACUGGUGUCUUUGCCUUCGAAGCUUUAUUCAAAAUUAUCGCUUUAAACCCAAAAAAUUAUUUUGGUGAUAGGUGGAAUUCUUUUGAUUUUGUUAUUGUCCUCGGCUCUUUUAUUGAUAUUAUUUAUGGAAAAAUUGGUGGAACGGGGACAAAUAUAAUUUCAAUUAAUUUUUUUCGUCUCUUUCGAGUAAUGAGGCUUGUUAAGUUGUUGAGUAGAGGAGAGGGGAUUAGAACGCUUUUGUGGACUUUUAUGAAGUCUUUUCAGGCAUUACCCUAUGUUGCACUUUUGAUUGUCCUUUUAUUCUUUAUUUAUGCAGUAAUUGGAAUGCAAGUAUUUGGUAAAGUAGCGCUAGAUGAUGAUACACAAAUACAUCGAAAUAAUAAUUUCCAUACAUUUCCUGCUGCUGUACUUGUUCUUUUUAGAUCAGCAACAGGAGAAGCUUGGCAAGAAAUUAUGUUGGCAUGUUCUGAUAGAGAGGAUGUAAAAUGUGAUCCAGCUAGUGAUGAUUACAAAAAGGAUCCAAAUGCUGGAUGUGGUGUCAAUUUCGCCUACCCUUACUUUAUUUCAUUCUUCAUGCUUUGUUCUUUCCUAAUUAUUAACCUUUUUGUUGCUGUUAUUAUGGAUAAUUUUGAUUAUUUAACUCGUGAUUGGUCAAUUCUUGGACCUCAUCAUUUAGAAGAAUUUGUUCGUUUGUGGUCUGAAUAUGACCCUGAUGCUAAAGGAAGGAUUAAACAUUUGGAUGUUGUUACCCUUUUAAGAAAGAUUUCGCCUCCUUUGGGGUUUGGUAAAUUGUGUCCACACAGAUUGGCCUGUAAAAGGCUUGUUUCUAUGAAUAUGCCUUUAAAUAGUGAUGGAACUGUUUGUUUUAAUGCUACGCUCUUUGCUUUGGUCCGCACAAAUUUAAAAAUUUACACUGAUGGAAAUAUAGACGAAGCAAAUGAACAGCUAAGAUCAGCUAUUCGACGAAUUUGGAAGCGUACACCAAUUAAAUUGCUUGAUGAAGUUGUUCCUCCAGCUGGAAAAGACGAUGAAGUUACUGUUGGAAAGUUUUACGCAACAUUUUUAAUUCAAGAUUAUUUUCGACGAUUUAAAAAACGAAAAGAAUUGGAAGCAAAAGGAAUGGCUGCGCCAAAUACUCACGCAAUGGCACUUCAAGCUGGCCUAAGAACUUUACACGAAAUUGGACCAGAAUUGAAAAGAGCGAUUAGUGGGACUCUUGACCCUGGUUUUGUACUUGAAUCGGAAGAACCUCAACAUAGGCGAACUCAUUCUCUCUUCAAUAAUAUUGUACACGCCUUGGGAGGUCCAACAUCAGCAGAUGCAGUCGGUAGUCCAACAACAGAUAAAACAAUUGGAGAUAAAUCAGAAGCUGAUGGGGCAGUCAUAAUAGGUGGUGAAGGUUGGGAACAACGAAAAUUGAUGCCUUUGAAAAAAGAAGGUCUUUCUCCAACACAUUCAAUCGCCGCAGCAGAUUUAAUGUCAGUAGAAUACCAUCACGGAGUUCCAACUCCCCAUUUAUUGCAUAGGGGAAUGCCUACAAAUAAAUCUGUUAAUUUACCUCCAUCACAUAAAGCAGCACAUAAUCAACAAUAUCCAGAUGAAAUACCUAUUGCUUUAAUUGGACGCCCUGCAAUGCCCCCAGAACUCUCAUCAGAACAACAACUUCCCCUUUAUAAAGACUCAUCUGCUCCAAAUGGUAUCUCACGUAUUGGCGGCAAUAAUAACAAUCGUCGCCGUCGCCUACCCAAUUUAGCAGCAAUUUAUGGGGCUCGUAGAGAAAGGACAGAUUCUCAAAGACCUCUAAAUGAUUCUAAUGAUUCUUCUCUUGGUGGAGUAAAUAAUGGAUUUCGUGGAAGUGCGGAUGGUCCUGUUCCCCCUCCUCCCCCUUCAAAUCAACAACAAUCUUAUGGAGGACAACAAUAUGGGCCUACUACAGCUGCACAACGAUUUAUUUUUGUUAAUAGAAGGUGUGAAUAA